AUGAAAAGGAUUGGACUCUCAUGCGGACUGGAGGGAAAAACCGUUAUCAUUCAAGGUUUUGGUAAUGUGGGACUUCACACGAUGCGUUAUUUGCACAGAGCUGGAGCGAAGAUUGUUGGAAUUCAAGAGUGGGAUUGCGCUAUCCACAACCCUGAUGGACUUCACCCCAAAGAACUUGAAGACUGGAGGGACCAGAAUGGUACCAUCAAGAACUUCCCUGGAGCCAAGAACUUCGAACCAUUCACAGAGCUCAUGUACGAGGCCUGUGAUAUUCUCGUUCCUGCCGCCUGUGAAAAAGCCAUCCACAAGGAGAACGCUUCCCGAAUCCAAGCAAAGAUUAUCGCCGAGGCAGCUAAUGGUCCAACCACUCCUGCCGCAGAUAAAAUUCUUCUCGAACGCGGAAACUGCCUUAUCAUCCCAGACAUGUAUGUUAACUCUGGUGGUGUGACUGUCUCAUACUUCGAAUGGUUGAAGAACCUUAACCACGUCUCUUAUGGUCGCCUUAGCUUCAAAUAUGAAGAGGACUCCAACAGAAUGCUCCUGCAAUCUGUACAAGACUCAUUGGAGAAGGCUAUCGGCAAAGAAGCUCCUGUGAUCCCUAAUGACGCUUUCGCUGCAAAGAUUUCUGGAGGCUCUCUCAGCCGACGAACCGUUCUCGUAUUAUUCCGGUCUUGA